AGUUGACCAUUCGAGUACUCAUUUCAACAUACGAUUUUGGACAUACAAAUCUAAUUUCGAAUACAGUACAUUGGGAAGCAGUGAUUAUUAUUGGACAACAAAAACCACGUGAUGGUUGCCUAGUUCCGCGUUCACUCACUCACAUGGCUCUGCAGUUUCCGACACAUGGAGCGUGUGUUAAGUUCGGGUGUGGGGCCACUGGCAGUCGGGGCGGUCGGGCUGCUGAUUUUACUAAAAGUGAUCCAGAGACUAAGAGACAAACAAAAUGUUCAGGAUAAAGUGGUGGUGAUCACUGGAGCCAGUUCAGGCCUGGGCAAAGAGUGUGCACGGCUGUUUCAUGCUGCAGGUGCCCGGCUGAUCCUGUGUGGACGGGACCAGAAGAGACUGCAGCAGGUUGUUGAGGAGCUGACGGCAAUACCCAGUGGAAAAGUACAGACUUAUACUCCAUGCACUGUCACCUUUGACCUCUCCGACACAGCUUUGGUUGCCAAGGCCGCUAAGGAAAUUUUGAAGUGCCAUGGUCAUGUGGACGUCCUCAUCAACAACGCAGGCAUUAGUUACCGUGGCAACAUCUUGGACACCCACGUCUCUGUUCAGCGAGAUGUCAUGGAGACUAACUACUUCGGUCCUGUUGCUCUUACUCAAGCUAUUCUGCCCUCUAUGGUAGAUCGACGCAGUGGACAUAUUGUAGUCAUCAGCAGCGUGCAGGGAAAGAUCUCUAUACCGUACAGAUCUGCAUAUGCAGCAUCUAAACAUGCAACGCAGGCCUAUUUUGACUGUUUGAGGGCUGAGGUUGACCGGUUUGGCCUGGAGGUAUCUGUUAUUAGCCCUGGUUACAUCAGGACAAACCUGUCCAUCAAUGCAGUCACAGGGGACGGUUCCAAAUAUGGAGUAAUGGACAAAACCACAGCACACGGUCGGGAUCCAGUGGACAUUGCUCAUGCUGUUCUUAAGGCUGUCUGUCAUAAACAGAAAGACGUUGUAUUGGCUGGGCCAUUGCCUACUGUGGCCGUCUAUCUUCGUACACUUUGGCCUGCUCUCUUCUUUAAAAUAAUGGCGUCUCGGGCUAUAAAAGAACAAAAACCAAAAGAGGAAUAAGUGAACACACUACUGGUGAAAAUGGGGAUGCGAAGUUCUUUCAGUGCCCAGAUCUGCCAUUGCAUGAGAUUAUGUAUUAAAUAUUUAUUUCUCUGCAAAUAGUGAUUUGCUAACAUUUUCCAAUUUAUACAGCAAGUUGAUUCUGGCAAGUUUUUGUCACACAUGAUUGUUUACAGUAAGUCACAUUUCUCUGUGUAGUACCUAUAUGGGUCAAUGAUAAAACAUUUUUCAAAAAAUAAUUUUUUUAAUCUUUUAAAAUUAAUGUAAUGCCUAUUUUUGGGUCAGAAACAAUGUGUUUAAACAGUUUUGUUUAGUGAACAACAUUUUGGAACAUGAUUUUUUCCCACAAUAUUUUUAAAAUCCCAUUUAAAAUAAUAUGUCAGGUGGUACAACCAAUCAUUGUUUAUUGUUUUAUUGCUUCCUGUGUCAUGCUGAUUGUUUGUUUAUUUGAUAGUGGCAUUUAAAAUGAUAAUUCUGAAAAUAGUUUAAAAAGGUAAAACAACUUUACUAUAAAACUAACAUUUGAGAACUAUACAUUUAAGAACAAUCAUUUUUUUAAAGUAUAAUGAUUAUAGACAACCUUAGCUUACAUUUAUUUAAACUAAAAUUAUUAGCCUAUUAAAAUGAUUUUUAUUUUUUAGGGGGCAUUCAUAGCAGUUGCACCAUUUGACUUUCUGGUUGCACCACCUGACCUCUGUAAUAAAUUUACAUUUAAAUUGUGCUAUCAAAGUCAUAUACUAUUAAAAUACUUUUCAAAGUGUUAUAAAAUAAAAUAGCUAUUUUCCUCAUUUUUCAUUGGUUGUACCACCUGACACCAGUGUACCAGUCUACCCAUUACAUUAAACUAGCUCUUUUUUCAUUUAACUCUACAGACCACCUGGGUUUCAUUAGGUGAUGUGAUAACAUUAUUUACUCUAUACUUUUUAAUAAAAGGCCCUGAUUGCAGUUGUA